UUUAAUUUCUCUUAAUUACAGCUAAGAUGCUAGAUUAUCUGCAGGAAGAUCUUGACUCAAUGCACAAGGAACUUGAGAUGUGGCGCAGUGAGAACAAACAGUUGACACAGACUCUCAAACGUGAACAGAGCUUAACAGAACACGAACUGGAACCCUUGCAGUCUCAACUAGUUGAGCUUGAGACAGCAGUUCAAGACCAACGUGAUAAACUGUCUGCUAUCAAAUCCAACAUUUUGAGGAAUAAUGACAAAAUAUCACGGUUAAUGGCUGGCAUAAACUUAAAUAUAUAGUACUGUGUGGCAUAUCGUGCACAUACUGUGUUUAACUCCUUUUAUUUAUAGACUAGUCAUUGAAUAGUAUGUAUGUAAUAAUUAUUCGUGGAAUGCAGAAUCUCUAAUGAAUUAAACUCUUAUUAUAUUA